CCACUCGUCACGACGUCACCUCGGCUCCUUCCCUCAGCCAGCCAAAACUCCAUCCGUGCCCUUCAGCCAGCCACACACUCUUCCAUCCCCCUCCCACCCCCUCCCCCCCCCCAAUUCCCCCCCCCCCCCCCCCCCCCCCGAUCCCCCCGUCUCAUUCAUGGCCCCUAUCGCCGCCAUCACAGCAUCAGCUGCGCCCACCCCAGCCGUAGUCUCAGCCGCGCUCGCCGCCUUUCGCCGUCACACACACGGACUCGCGCACGCCGCACCGCGCCUUCCCUGCUCCGCAUUCCCCUCCUCCUCCAGUUCCGCCUCCGCCUCCGUGCGUCGUUCGGCCUACGGGCCAGCACUCGCAAUCGCCGCUGUCCCGUCCGCCCUCUCCGCCUCGUCCGCCGCUGGUAGUACCGCGGCCCUUGCCACGUCCGCGCCGCUCCGAGGCGCGUCGCGAGGCUCCGCUGGUCGUUGCGCCGCAGUCGUCGCCAUGUCGUCGGCCGCCGACGCGAGUAGCGGGGGCGGAGGCGGAGCCGGGGGAAGCGCGGAGGCAGCGCCGGAGGGGUAUCGAGCGAACGUGGGGGUGUGCGUGGUGAACGGAGAGAACAAGGUGUUCGUCGCCUCGAGGCUCGACAUGCCUGGCGCAUGGCAGAUGCCGCAGGGCGGCAUUGAUGCGGGCGAGGACAUCCGCACAGCCGCCCUGCGCGAGCUGCGCGAGGAGACGGGCAUCUCGUCCGCCGUGCUGCUCGCGGAGACUCCCGAGUGGCUGUGCUAUGACUUCCCCCCUGCUGUGCGGCAGAAGCUGGCAGUGCAGUGGGGGCGCGAGUGGAAGGGGCAGGCGCAGAAAUGGUUCCUGUUCCGCUUUGUGGGGGAGGAGAGCGAGAUCAACCUGGACGGCCAGGGAGGCGAGCCGCCUGAGUUCUCCGAGUAUAAGUGGCUGCCGCCCGCUGAUGUAGUGGCUGCGGCAGUCGAGUUCAAACGGCCUGUCUAUGAGGCAGCCAUGCGCGUCUUCGAGCCUGUCAUAGCCUCGCAAUAAACCCCUGCAGCAGUGUAAGGAGCUAGCUCGUAUAUACAAAGAGUAUUGUGUUGUGUAUCUUACAAGGUGUCAAAAUUAUUAUUUUUUCAUAUCCCUGUUCG